GAACCAACUGUAUGGCUAAUGCUUCCUCCAGUCAGCUCCAAUCCACAAACCAGCAUCGAACCAGUGGCCUGAAUAACGGACCUGUUGAUCCAAUUAAAACCAGAUGUCUUUUGGUCGUGGUGGCGGUCGAGGCGGUCGAGGUGGACGAGGUGGGGGAGGAGCUGGACGCGGGGCGCUGGCAGACUUGUCACUCGGAACUUUAUCAUUUGCCGACCUUCUGGCGACAUCUCGUGCCGAUAUCGGCGAUGUACUCUAUCCUACGGCAGGCGUUAAUCUUCCCGUGACCGAUUUACCCUCGAAUCAGGAAGCCCAAACGGUCGCUCCCGCCGUCGACCGAUGGCUGUAUCCCGCAUACCCUUCAUCUCGCCAGCGCUGGGUUAUCGAAGGCGAUCUGAAACCAACCGUUGGGUCAAAGAAAAACAAGCAACGUCAAAGUCUGGCCAAGCCUUUUAUCCACCAGUUCUCGAAACUUGAUCUCCAGCCAGAGGCCUCUUCAGAGGAUUGGUUGUACUCUGAUCGCUACAAAGCUGCGAAUUCGGCCGAACGUGGUGAAGCAAAACAACCAGCUGGGAACUCAACCGACAGCUCAGAUAAAUCCAGGUAUCUUCACCUGAUGGAGAAAUCUUUUUUUCCACCGGAUCUAUGGACUAGCUUUUCCGAAGGUAAAAAAAAGACCACAGUCAAGAAAAGCAAGUCGAAGCGUGCAACUGGGAAGUCUGCUUUGUCUGGCCUGGCGGACGAUCUGGAGGGGGAGGAGGACGGCGAGAAGGACGAUAAAGAAGAGGAAGAGGAAGUUGCACAAAUGGAAGAAGAAGAAAUUGAUGAAGAUGAUCCGGAUUAUGAUAACAAUUACUUCGAUAAUGGUGAUGCUGACGAGGGAAUGGAUAGUGGUGGUGAGGGAGGGGACGAGGGGGGAGUAUUCUAAACUUGCGCAAGGUCACUUCAAAGAAUCGUUCCCCCUCUUCAAGAAUGACACAGAAAACUGAGAUACAUUUGCUGUUUGUCCAUUGCAUUUUGAGUUUAACAAUACCAUCUCUUUCUCACUUAUUUAUAUGUUGAAACAAUCUCUUUGUCCUCCCAUAUGAAACAAAAAUGGUCAAAAACAGCGCCCAAUGGGGGGCUCGAACCCCCGACAUUUUGAUGACCGCUUCUCACAUUGCGUGCAACCUUGUUAUAAGCAGCGUAAAAGUCAAAUGCUCUACCGACUGAGCUAACCAGGCGUGGGAA